AUGACUGGAAAUAAAGAAUGGGAAGAAUCACAACUAAGAACAUACACCAAUUGGGUGAAUUAUAAUCUUGGAGAAGAACAACAAAUCAAAAACUUACUUACUGAUUUAUCUGAGUCAGAUAUUUUGAUUAGUCUUAUGGAAAAGUUAUCUGGAAAAAAAGCUUAUCCCCACAAGAAAUGUAUGACUAAGAGUAGAAUUGUGAAAUUGGACAAUGUAGGAAAAGCAGUGAACUUUAUGAAGGAAGAGAGACUUAACACAUCAGUAUCAGCUGAAAAUAUUGUUGAUGGGAAUAUAACUUAUAUUCUUGGUAUGGUAUGGACUAUGAUUCUUAAAUAUAAAAUUAAUGCUAACCAACAAAAGAACGUUAAUGCUAAAGAAGAGGUAGUAGAAAAUAAUGCACUUUUGGAAUGGGUCAAUUCUUUUGGUUUGAAUGUAUCUAAUUUCUCAAGUGACUGGAAAGAUGGGGUUGCUCUUGUUAAAUUAACAGAAGCUGUUUCUGGUGGUCAAAUUAAAUUUGAACAAUUUAGUGGAUUAGACAAUACUCAGAUGGUUAUUGACUGCCAAAAACUUGCAUACGAACAAUUCAAAAUUCCAAUUUUGAUGGACGUAAAGGAUUUGGUAUGUGAACGUCCAGACCCUAAGUCUAUUAUGACGUAUGUUUCAGUUUAUAAAGAAAGGUAUGAACAGUUACUUGUUGAAAAAGAACAAAAAGAAAAAGAAGAACAAGAAAGAA